AUGCGGUCUUGCUGGUGGCAAGGCCUCUUUCUACUGCUUUUGUACACCAAAGAUGGGCAGGCUCAUAGUUGGGUAGAGCAGUUGACGGUCAUUGCGCCUAAUGGCACAUUUGUGGGCCUUCCAGGCUACGCUCGAGGCAACUUUCCUCGCACGGAACAUGGCUUCAGUGACACUAAAAUGACCCAUCUAAUUCCGCCCGAUGGGCGGGGAGACGUGAAUCUCAUUCUUCCCACUGAUCGAAUGUGCAUGGAUUCUCAGCUGGAACAGGCACAGACCGAUGGAAGUCCUCGACUACGGGCCAAAGCGGGUGACCCGAUUGCCCUCCGCUAUCAAGAGAACGGUCAUGUUACGCUCCCGUGGAACCAGCCGGGGAAACCCCCCAACCGAGGCAGUGUUUACGUAUACGGAACGACGCAGCCCAGGAAAGACGAGAAAUUUCUAGAUGUUCAUGGAUCAUGGACUGCCGAUGGCACUGGAGGGGACCGGCGUGGUGUGCUUUUGUCCAAGCAGAAUUUUGACGACGGCCGAUGCUAUCAGAUCAACAAUGGUAACAUCUCCCAAACACGCCAGGGAAAGUACGUCCAUCAGGCCAACUCGUUAAUGGGUGCGGAUAUGUGGUGCCAACAGGACAUUCAGUUGCCCUCCACUGCCCCAUCGGGCAAACUGUACACCCUCUACUGGGUCUGGGAUUGGCCCACUCUCCCCGGAAUCGACCCUACGUACCCGCACGGCAAAGCAGAGAUCUACACCACCUGUAUGGAUGUGGAGGUGGCCAACACCCCCUCCCGUGUCCUCGCGAAUACUCCCGAGGGGUACAUCGCCGGCCAGGAUCUCAACGAUGCCGCCAUCCCUUCCCAGUUUGCCAAUCUCGACGAUGUUCCCAUCUCAUCUGAGACGGCAACUCCCCCGCCGUCGUCAACUUUGUCCAGCUCACCUCAGUCGCACUCCGAACCUUCCGCUUCCACGUCGUCAACCAUCCUCUCCUCGAUGCCGCAACAACCACAAUCCACAUCUACUCUCGUUGCCGAUACCGCAGCUUCCCCCACCGAAACCACCCCUAUUGACUCGAUAUCGACAGUGAGCUCGUCGAUCCCGCAAGAGCCACAGUCGACAUCUACUCUCUAUCUCACUUCCACAGAGACUGUCCGAGUUCUCACGCUCACACAGUGGAUGACGGUUGAGAAGACGGUCACCGUUGGAGAAUCCACUGCGACUCCCAUCAGUCGUCAUCGACUUGCAAGGAAGAAUUGGCGAAAAUGA